GGCCCAUGGUGCAGUGCAGGAGGAGGAAGUGGUGAGGUUGUUGCUCCCUCUGUGCCCACCACUGGCUCUUGGGGCACAGAGAGGGGCCAUGGUGUCCGCGGCUGCUCAUGCUCCCUGGCGGUCCCCUCCAUGUUCUGCCGCCACUGCUUGCUUCCCUUCCUAAGGCCACCACUUGCCCCGGGGUCUAUGGAACUAAUGGAAGGACCUCUCAACCUGGCUCAUCAACAGAGCAGACGAGCAGACCGUUUAUUAGCUGCAGACAAAUACGAAGAGGCUAUUUCUUGUCACAAAAAGGCUGCCGCGUAUCUUUCUGAAGCCAUGAAGCUGACACAAUCUGAGCAGGCACAUCUUUCACUGGAAUUGCAAAGGGAUAGCCACAUGAAACAGCUCCUCCUCAUCCAAGAGAGAUGGAAAAGGGCCCAGUGUGAAGAAAGAUUGAAAGCCCAGCAGAACACCGACAAGGAUGUAGCUGCCCAUCUUCAGGCAUCUCACAAACCCUCUGCAGAGGAUGCAGAGGGCCAGAGCCCCCUUUCUCAGAAGUACAACCCUUCCACAGAGAAACGCCUGCCUGAGAUUCAGGGGAUCUUUGACAGGGAUCCAGAUACACUACUGUAUUUACUUCAGCAAAAGAGUGAGCCAGUGGAGCCAUGUAUUGGAAGAAAAGCCCCAAAAGAUGAUAAAACAAUUAUAGAGGAUCAGACAACCAAAACUGCAGAUUUGAAGAGGCAUGUGGAAUUCCUUGUGGCCGAGAAUGAAAUAUUAAGGAAAGAAAAUAAACAACUAAAGGCUGAAAUGGCCAGACUUCUAAAAGGUCUAAUAGAAAAGGAACUGGAUGUAGAUGCUGGUUUUGUAGAAACGUCAGAGAUACGGAGCUUGCCACCACAUUCAGAAACUGCUACAGCCUCCUCAACCUGGCAGACGUUUGCAGCAAAUACCGGGAAAGCCAAGGACAUUCCAAUCCCCAGACUUCCUCCCUUGGAUUUUUCUUCUCCAGAACUUCCCCUUAUGGAGCUCUCUGAGGAUAUUCUGAAAGGAUUUAUGAAUAAUUGAAAUGGAAGGCCACAGAAGAGGAGGGGAGAAGAGGAAAUAAUACAGUAAUAGUUAAUCCAGCAAAAAAACUGAAAAGGGAAAAACCACAUAGAAGGGUCAUCCCGGAAAUGCUUUGUCAUCUGGCGGACUGUGAGAGAAGAGGCAUUGCCAGGACUUGGGAAACAGUCACUGUGAAAUGUGUCUUGUAUCUGAUUCACUGACUUGUGCUAAUGAUUCCAACUUGGCAGACACUAAACUCAUGGAGGGUUCACUUUCUCCUGAUACAAACCAAAUGGCUACCUGGAAUAAUUUUUUUCAAGCAACAAUUAUUUUUCUUAUCUUCAGGGUUAAAAUGUUUAAAAGUAUGUUAUGCGUAAUUAAUCUCUAAUGCCGUAAAUGAUAAUGCAAAACUUAAAUAAUACGGUGGCCCAAGGGGCUGCCUUCUAUUUGAAACAAGCUUUCUAUCAUGCAUUGACUGUGUGCGUUUUGUUAAUGCACAUUUUGUUUGUUUAAAUAAGGUGUGUAAGAUACACACCCUUCUAGAGGAAACUAUAUGUGCCACACUUUGCACUACUCAUAAUGAUAACCUCAAGACUACCAGGAGAAAUAUUUAAAUUUCCAUUUUAUGAAGAAAGGAAGCAAAUUAUUAUGCUUUUUUAAACAAAUUACCAGUUUACAUAAUUAAUCAGGGUGCAUUUUAAGUUCUAACUUUGUUUAUUGUAUAGUGCAUCAUUUGAAAAUACCAAGGAGGAAAUACCCUUUGUUUUUAAUGAUGCAAGAGUGGGGGUAAUGCUAGUUGGCAGUAUUUGAUUGUAAGAAAUCAAUAAAGUAAUUACAUUUU